GGGUAUUGUUUCCUAUUUGUUUAGGGUAUGCCAUGGCAUGUAUCUGUGUUGGUGACCAAUUUGGAUCACAGAUCAAUGAACUGCUAUGUGUAUGAACUAUAAUUUCUCACCAAUCUGUCAAUGUUGCAUUUUAAAGACAUCUGCAUCAACUGCUAAUAAUCUAUUGCAUCUCUUCAUAGAAAUGUAUAAUCAACCGGAUGUACACUUUUAUGAAUUUAAACUUGCACUUUGAUGCCCUUCUUUCAUGGAUUUUGCCGGAGGUAUAGUGAAGACCUGAGUGUUGAGGGUGGUUUUCUUGAUUAUCAAUAGUCAGAACCUUGCCUGUGAACAGUUUUAGCACAUUGGUAUGAAUUCAAAUUUAGAGUUCAAUAUUUAUUUUUAUCUCCUCAGAUUCAUGAGGCAUUUGAGAUCCAUACAUUCACACUGAUGGCAUCAGACAUGGAAAGUAGUGUGAAGAAUAAGAUUGUUCAGUGGAUCAAAGACGGUGUUGAUUUGGUGUCCCUCACUGAAGGAGGAGAGAUUGGGGAUGCAGAGGAUGUGAGGCAGUACCUUGCUUCUUCAAGUGAUCCUUCUUGUGUUAACAGAUGUAAUCACUUGGGACAAACACCCCUGAUGAUCGCCUGCAAAAAUAGACAGAAAGACAUUGUUAAUCUCUUGUUGGAAGCUGGAGCUGACCCUAACCUGACUUGCACUGUCAGUGGUAGCACUGCUCUUCAUUAUGCCUGUCAAGGGGACAAACCUAUGAUUUCCAUAUGUCGGACUAAAAUAAAGUACCCAAAACAGGAGCUUCAAAGAAUUAUUGAUAUCAUUGAAAUUCUGAUCCACAAUGGAGCAAUCUUGCAAAUGAAUGAUGAUGGAUUGAGUCCUGUUUGUGUGGCAGCUCUAAACAGCUUCAAAGAUGUGGUGGAGUACUUUUCAUCAAAAAGUGAAAUUCCAGUGCCUCCUGGAGACAUGGUCAAGGCAUAUGAAUUGUUGGGAGUUUCACAAGCACUCUUUGAUGUAUACCAUUUAGUUGAUGCAUGUCACUCCUUUCACCUUGCUGCAUCUUCAUGGAAACAUCCUGGAAAUGAGAGUGAUUUAUCUUCACUUCAUGUUGACUGUGCCCUCGACAAUUUCUUUACUCACAUGACAACUCUUGUUCUAAAUGGUGUUCUGAGGAGUAAGAUCAGGCGGAAGGCAUUUACUAUCGGUAUUAAGUCCAUACCUGACAAUGCAAAAGUUAAAUAUGAUUUCUGGCGAUUUACAUCCAGUUACACUGAUCCAGCUUUCUUUGAGAUUGGUUCAGAAGAGGGCUACAAUCUCCUGUUGUCUUUGGUAAGGAAAGAAAUGCUUGGGAAAUGUCCACUUGGAACUGUCCUGGACAUGAUUCAGAACGCAUUGACGUCCAGAUUGUCAACAUCAUUAGGGGUGAAGUUCAUUCCAAGGUUGUUGCAGGUAUACGCAGAGGGAUUCCAAGGAGAUAGCGGGAUGCUCAGAGAGAAAAGACCAGAGAUCUUAGAACUAUUGGGAGGUCUGUUGUUCAACUUUGCAUACUACCAAUCACAAGCAAAAUAUCUUGAGGAAGUGCUGUCAUAUGUCAAGGAUAUUCUGCAUUGCAUGAAGAUGUAUGCUGAAGAUGGCUGUCCAACAAUUGGUGACCGUCCAAUAUCAGUCAUCUCUGUUUUCUUUGAAAACAUGGCCAAUACAAUGUUUGACGAUAUGUAUUGUGGGCAGACCAAGGAAGUAAGGAAUCGAUUGAAGUAUGUCAUUUUCGGUCUCCUCUUCCACAACGGCUAUGAUCCUGCUUCAGAUUCUUCAUUACUAGAAACACUGGUGAAGAUUGUUGCUGUGGCCCAUGAUAGAGAUUUCAUUAUCCCAAUUGCCAAGAUGCUGAUUCGAUAUGGUUGCCCACCAGACAGUGUUUGCAUUGAGCAAUCUGAGCAGGAUUAUCCAGAGGUGAUAGAAAUGUUGCCUCUUUUGAACCCAACGUCUCCUCCAUCUCUUGAGGAGCUAAGCACACAAGUUAUCCUGCGCAACAAUGUUCCUUACAGAGAAAGACUUCCAAGUUUGCUCUCUGAGAGAAUAGAUGCGGAUAUGUACUUCAGACCACCUCCUUCUGAUUUAGAUUCUUCUGUUUCUUCAGAUUCUUCUGAGGAAUCAGAUGAAGGAUCACCGCUGAUGAUUGCAUGUAUGCACACAAACAAUGAAUUGGUUAGCUUUCUACUGAAGCAUGGUGCAGACCCGAAUGCUACAAGCACCAAAGGGGGUAACACACCUAUGCAUUUUGCAUCAAUAGGAUGCAAUUGCUGCUGCUUGUGGGGAGAAAGCUGUCACUUAUUUGAUAGCUACCUUAACAAGGUGGCCAAGAAGCCAAGAACAGACAUGAUGAGAAACCUGAUCAGUCAUGGAGCAACCCUGCAGUGUAAUUCUGAUGGGUUGGAUCCCCCAUCUUUUGCUGCACGACACAAAUUCAAGGCUUCUGUGGACUUUUUCGUGAAUAGGGGUACAUGUAGAUUAAAGGUACCCUCUGAACAGAAAGCACGAGCUUGUGAAAUCUAUGCUGUGGUAGUUGCAUUGACUAUGGGCUAUUGCAAAGCUGAUGAUGUAACUCCUCAUGAAUAUCUCUGUAAAGCGUUUGCUAUCCGGAAGGGAAGUGGAGUGCCAGUACCAGAUCAGGAGAGAGUAGGAAUAGCCAAUCAUUUUUCCUUAUUUAGAAUGAAGGCAUGCACCACCGAAAAGGAUUGGCAACAAAUUCAAUCUGACAAUUGGGCUGUAAGAAUACAGUGCUUCCUAGUUGCAUGUAGAGUGUUACCAGUGGAAAAGAGGGACAUAUAUCUCUUUCCAAGACUUCUAACCCAUGGACAUGAUUGUUAUCUCUUUUCCAAAGGAAAUGAACGGCGUUCUGAGGGUACUCAAAUAUUUGAGGAAGCAGUCCAAUGGGAAUUGAAAUCCACCACGGCCAAGCUGGGGAGUGUCUUGAAGAUGAUCCUUAAUGUCCUCUACGUCAUUUUCUUUGUUAGGCGAGAUAUUCAGCUAAGACAUGACCUUUUUGGGGAGUGCUACAAGCUUCUUGAACUUUGUCUUCAAGAAUUCACAGAACUCUCAGAUUCUCAUCUACACAAGUUUGCAACAGAGUUGGCCCAUGAUCACCUUGGAGCAUUCCUCUAUCAUGUUCCUCUCUAUGAUUUCUCCAUGUCAAAGGAAAUGUUCAAGUCACUUCUUCAAGUCUUUGGACGUAUGAUUUGUAUGAUGAGAAGAAGAUGUGGAAGAAGUUCCCCAUCAGUUACCCACUAUAUCAUGGAUAGGAUGACUCAAAUACUCUUGGACUCUGAUAGUAAGGGUACAUUGAAAGAAAACCGUGUGAAGCUGCUCAUAUCAGCUCUAGUUCAGUGUGAAGAUGCGACACAGAUAAGUGACAGUGGUAAUUCAAUGUUGCAUCCUUUGUUCAAUAUUAUCACUUAUGAUCUGUAUCCAUUGUUACUCCGGGAUGUGUCUCUUAUCCUUAUCCGCAAUGGAUGUGAUCCUGAUGUUUGCAAUGCUGAUGGUAAGACUGUAAAAGAGAUGCUUGGUAAUUAUGUAUUCUUUGAUCCAAACUCACCCAAGGACAAACAAGUGGUGACUGUCAUCUCUCCACCAACAGAAGUUUUGAGAUUGGAAGAGAUAGCAGCUAGGACAAUCUUGCGUCACAAGAUACCCCAUGAAGGUAUUCUACCGAGACACCUGUCUGUCAUGGUUAGAGGAGAAACUGAACCAGACGCCGAGCUCUUUCUUUCAAGUCCUCCAAGAUUUAAUUUUAAGUAUGGUGAUUGGGAUUACGAUGAUGAGAGUUUGGACAAGUCUGAUGAUGAGAGUUUGGAUGAGUCUGAUGAUGAUGAUGAUGAUGAUGAUAGUUGGGAUGGCGAGAAUGAUGAUUAGGAAUAUGUGGAGCAUUUGCUUGUCACAGUGUCAAUAAGGAGAAUUGCUAUGUGGAAGUCAUGGUUAGGAUUACUAGUAGCUGAAAAGGAGGAGUAAAGAAGAAAAUGAUAACUCUUAUUUUGAGUUACUAUUCCAAUUAUCAGAGAAUUGAAUGAUAAUGUAAGCAUUGAUCCAGUUCACAUCAAAUAUUUUUAACCACAAUUGUAGGCCUACUAUGCUUACUUCAACAGCUGCUAUACUUAUAUACUAAAAUUGUUUUAUUACAGAAGCACGUUGCUCUAAACCAAAAAGGACAAUGUGCUAAAAAUAGCAGUGUUCUCAAGUUACAUUUGUUUUACAGAGAGGUAUUUGAUGAUGACUGCAGUAUGAGCCUUUAAAGCCUGUGUAUAGCUUUGGUAAAGGGUCAAUAAUGUGAUUGAUAAUCGAAUAUCAUCUAAUAUGACAGUC